AUGAACGCAACCCAGUUGUUGUCGAUCUUGGAAGACCCGGCCCAGUUUGCCGAAAAGGCGCCGUUGAUACAACAGGACUUGCUUGAGUUGGUCAAAUCCCAAGAGCUCCAGAUCCAUAACUUGUCCGUGGAACAUCAGACAGCAUGUGAAGCCAACAAGGCCUUCAAAGUGGCCCUUUCCGAAAUAGGCACCGUGGUCAUCUCCGUCGCCAUGGGUGAUUUAUCCAAAAAAGUCGAAAUCCAUCCGGUGGAGCUGGAUCCGGAGAUUCUCAAAGUCAAAAUCACAAUCAACACCAUGAUGGACCAGCUUCAAGCUUUUGCAAACGAGGUCACCAAGGUCGCAACAGAGGUCGCCAACGGUGAGCUAGGAGGCCAAGCCAAAAACGAAGGCCUGGUGGGUAUCUGGCGUUCUUUAACCGAUAACGUCAAUAUUAUGGCUUUAAACUUGACGAACCAGGUGCGUGAAAUCGCCGAUGUCACUCGUGCUGUGGCCCAGGGUGACUUGAGUCGAAAGAUUAACGUCCAUGCCCAAGGUGAAAUCUUGCAAUUACAAAUGACAAUCAAUACAAUGGUGGAUCAGCUUCGAAAGUUCGCUUUUGAAGUGUCCAAGGUCGCCCGUGAUGUCGGUGUCUUGGGUAUUCUAGGUGGUCAGGCUUUUAUCGAAAACGUCGAGGGUAUUUGGAAAGAGUUGACCGAUAAUGUCAACGCCAUGGCUUUGAACUUGACUACUCAGGUGAGAAAUAUCGCUAAUGUUACUACUGCUGUCGCCAAGGGUGAAUUGUCUAAGAAGGUUACUGCUGAUUGUAAAGGUGAGAUUUUGGAUUUGAAAUUAACCAUCAACCAGAUGGUGGAUCGAUUGCAGAAUUUCGCUUUGGAAGUUACUACAUUGUCUCGUGAGGUCGGAACGUUAGGUAUUCUAGGUGGUCAAGCCAACGUCAAGGACGUCGAGGGUGCCUGGAAAGCUGUUACAGAAAAUGUCAACCUAAUGGCUACAAACUUGACAAAUCAGGUCAGAUCUAUCGCUACUGUUACUACUGCUGUCGCCCAUGGUGACUUGUCCCAAAAAAUUGAUGUCCACGCCCAAGGCGAAAUUUUACAGUUGAAGAACACCAUCAACAAGAUGGUGGACUCUUUGCAGCUUUUCGCUUCUGAAGUGUCGAAGGUUGCCCGUGAUGUCGGUAUCAACGGUAAAUUAGGUAUCCAGGCGCAAGUCAGCGACGUCGAUGGUUUGUGGAAGGAAAUUACGUCUAAUGUGAACACUAUGGCUUCUAACUUGACAUCGCAAGUGAGAGCUUUUGCUCAAAUUACUGCUGCUGCUACUGAUGGUGAUUUCACCAGGUUUAUUACUGUUGAGGCUUCCGGUGAAAUGGAUGCUUUGAAGACGAAGAUUAACCAGAUGGUGUUCAAUUUGAGAGAAUCCAUUCAGAGAAACACUGCCGCCAGAGAAGCUGCUGAAUUAGCCAACAGUGCCAAGUCGGAAUUCCUUGCCAACAUGUCCCACGAAAUUAGAACCCCCUUGAAUGGUAUAAUUGGUAUGACUCAGUUGUCCUUGGAUACUGAGCUCACCCAAUACCAGCGUGAAAUGUUGAGUAUUGUUCAUAAUUUGGCAAACUCUUUACUCACCAUUAUCGACGAUAUCUUGGAUAUCUCGAAGAUUGAAGCUAACAGAAUGACUGUCGAACAAAUUGAUUUCUCCUUACGAGGCAACGUCUUUGGUGCUUUGAAGACUCUUGCCGUGAAAGCUAUUGAAAAGAAUUUGGACCUUACUUACAGAUGUGACUCUUCCUUCCCAGAUAAUUUGAUUGGUGACUCGUUCAGACUUCGACAAGUUAUCCUUAAUCUUGCCGGUAACGCCAUCAAGUUCACAAAGAAGGGUAAGGUGAGUGUGAGUGUAAAGAAAGCCGAGAGGAUUCCAGAGGAGGCCAACAAGCUCCUCUUAGAAUUCUGUGUCAGUGACACUGGUAUCGGUAUUGAAAAGGACAAGUUGGGAUUGAUUUUCGAUACGUUCUGUCAAGCCGAUGGUUCCACAACUAGAAAGUUUGGUGGUACUGGAUUGGGAUUGUCUAUUUCGAAGCAGUUGAUUCAAUUGAUGGGUGGUGAAAUACGGGUCACCUCUGACUAUGGUCGUGGAUCUAAUUUCUCCUUCACUGUCAGCGUUUCCCCAUCUAAGAUCAGGUACAGCAUGGAAUCGGAACAGUUGUUGCCAUUCAGAGGUCACUAUGUUUUGUUUGUUUCUAGCGAGCACACAGAAAAUGAGCUUCAAGAAUUGAAGAACGGCAUCCAAGAGUUGGGAUUGAAUCCUGUGAUUGUUCGUGACAUUACUGACGUUAACUUUGAGGAACCAAUCCAAUACGACAUUAUCAUGAUUGACUCCAUAGAGAUUGCCAAGAGUUUGAGACUACGAUCCGAGGUCAAAUACAUUCCCUUGGUUUUGUUGCAUCACUCCAUCCCGGAGUUGAACAUGAGAGUGUGUAUCGACUUGGGUAUCUCAUCAUACGGAAACACCCCAUGUACUAUCUCAGAUCUUGCCAGUGCUAUAAUUCCCGCUUUGGAAUCAAGAUCUAUUGCCCAAAAUACCGAUGACUCAAUUUCAUACAAGAUUUUGCUCGCGGAGGAUAACUUAGUGAAUCAAAAGCUCGCUGUUAAGAUUCUUGAGAAGCAAGGCCACCAGGUUGAGGUGGUUGAGAAUGGUCUCGAGGCAUUCGAGGCGGUCCAGAACAAUAAAUACGAUGUUGUUUUGAUGGAUGUGCAAAUGCCCGUCAUGGGAGGUUUCGAAGCCACUGAGAAGAUCAGACAGUGGGAGAAGAAAUCAAACCCUAUUGACUCCUUGAGCUUCCGUACCCCAAUUAUUGCAUUAACCGCUCACGCUAUGUUGGGUGACAGGGAAAAAUCUCUUGCGAAGGGUAUGGAUGACUAUGUCUCGAAACCUUUGAAGCCAAAGUUGUUAAUGCAAACCAUAGGAAAGUGCAUACACAACAUCAAGCAGCUCAAGGAGUUGUCGAAGCAGAACAACAAUAACAGGACCUCCAACUUCGCAAAAAACUUGAAGAAAGGAUCAAUCAAGAAUUCUGAGCAUGAACCAAAACUCGUAACACUUUCGCUGUCGCCCAUCAAGGGCUCGUCCGCGAACGGCAAUGGCUCUCCUGAAAAUUCUCACUUGACGGCAGUUUCCAGAAAAUCGGAUGGAAACAUAGAGGUGUUGCGUCCUGGUGCUUUGGAUGCGGACCACAGGAGUAUGACCGAAAGCUCCGUGCCGAAGAUGAAGAGAGACAAUUGA